AUGGCUUCCCAGCAACUCCCGCCGGUCCCGACCCCGGUGGCGAUCAUGGACCAAUUUAUCGCGCCACAAACCGAGACCCUGGUGCUGAAGGAAAAAGUCCUCUCCCUCUCGGGGGAUAGCUUUGAUGUGAAGAUGGCUAGUGGUCAGCCCAUCUUUCAAAUUAAAGCUAAGCACCUGAGCAUCUCGGGUCGCAAAUCGGUCUUCGACAUGGCGGGCAAUCACUUGUUCGAUAUCGUUAAGCAGCAUCUACACAUCCAUUCCACCUUUGCGGCUGAGGCUCCGGAUGGAAGGAAAUUACUCGAGGUCAAGAGUAGUCUGUCCUUGAUCGGCUCCAAAGCUACCGCCACCUUUACAUCCCCCAGAACCGGCAGCACGGUCUCCUUGAAGAUGAAGGGGAACUGGCGGGACUCCAAGGCGGACAUUGUGGAGGAAGCCACGGGAGCAGUGGUGGCGCAGAUCGAUCGCAAGCUGCUCCGGGCUCGCCAGAUGUUCUUCGAUCAGCAGACAUAUGCGGUGAUCGUGGCUCCGGGCGUGGAUCUGGCACUCAUCACGGCCCUGUGUGUCUGUUUCGACGAGAAGAAUAAUGAGCAGUGA